GGUGCUUAACUGAGACAAGACAACAGACCUCCCCAUAAAAAAAUGGCCACGACCAAGAUUCCCCUCUUUUUAAAUUCUCGCAAUCGGUCCCAGAAGGUCCACUGGUCAUUCAGAUUCCUGGUUUAAAACCUUUUAUAAUCUCUGUGUACAAUAUUUAAAUCUACCAUCUAUCAGAAUUAAUGAAUUUAAAAAAUAAUUGGCUCCAAACAUCCCUUCACAGUUCUCACCAACACCAAUGGAGCUCCAUUAUUUAUUGCCCCCACCGAUGGAGCUCAACUGAGACAAGACAACAGACCUCUCUCCCUCUCUCACCUCUCUCUCUCUCUCUAAACCUGAAUUCACGACCAUAAACAUGGCCAAGGCCAAGAUUCCCCAUCUAUUUUACGCAGCCCUAAUUUCCACUAUCCUAGCCUCCAAAUUUACUGAAUCGGUUCCUGAAGGUGCACUGGUCACUCAGGUUCCUGGUUUUAAUGGCACUUUUCCUUCCAAACACUAUUCUGGGUAUGUGACCAUAGAUGAAGCUCAUGGAAAGAAACUGUUCUAUUACUUUGUUCUUUCUGAAAGAAAUCCCUCGAAUGAUCCAGUGGUUCUGUGGCUCAAUGGCGGGCCCGGGUGCUCGAGCUUCGAUGGGUUCGUCUAUGAGCACGGGCCGUUCAAUUUUGAAAAGGGAAAGCCAAAGGGGAGCCUUCCCAAACUGCAUCUCAAUCCCUACAGCUGGUCCAAGGUUUCCAACAUUAUAUAUUUGGACUCCCCCGCUGGUGUUGGAUUUUCCUACUCAGCAAAUGAAUCCGACUAUAUUACUGGUGACCUGAAAACUGCUUCUGAUUCACAUAAAUUCCUCCUUAAGUGGUUCAACUUAUACCCAGAGUUCUUCUCCAAUCCGUUUUUUAUUUCUGGGGAGUCAUAUGCUGGAAUAUAUGUGCCAACUCUGGCUCAUGAAGUUGUGAAAGGAAUCGACGCCAGUGUAAAGCCCAUUCUGAACUUCAUGGGUUACAUGGUGGGAAAUGGAGUUACUGAUGAUGAGUUUGAUGGCAAUGCUCUUGUUACCUUUGCACAUGGGAUGGGCCUCAUAUCGGAUGAGCUAUUUGAGGAAGUUACUGCCGACUGUCAUGGAAACUUCUAUAAUCCAGCAAGUGAGAACUGUGUAAACAAGCUGGAGAAAGUUGACAGGGACAUCGCAGGCCUUAACGUGUACAACAUAUUAGAACCAUGCUAUCAUGGUACUGUCACUGAAGAUACAAUAAUUGAUAAUCCAAAGUUACCUACCGCUUCCAGCUUCAGGAAUUUAGGCGAGACUGAAAGACCCCUUCCUGUGAGGAGAAGAAUGUUUGGCCGUGCAUGGCCUUUUAAAGCUCCGAUAAGAGAUGGAGUCAUUCCAACUCGGCAACAAAUUCUCAACAACAAACAUGUCCCAUGUACUGAUGACGAAGUUGCAACUUUGUGGCUCAACACUGUAUCAGUUCGGAAAGCAAUUCAUGCUGAACAAGAAAGUGUGAGUGGAAGAUGGGACUUGUGUACCGACAGAAUUCUGUUCAAUCCUGAUUCUGGAAGCAUGAUCAAGUACCACAAGAACCUCACUUCCCGAGGAUAUCGGGCGCUCAUAUAUAGUGGAGACCAUGAUAUGGGUGUUCCAUACACCGGGACUGAAGCAUGGACUAGAUCAGUUGGAUAUAAGAUUGUGGACGAAUGGAGGCCUUGGACUUCUCAUGGACAAGUUGCUGGAUACCUACAAGGCUAUGACAACAAUCUCACCUUCCUCACUAUCAAGGGAUCCGGACACACUGUUCCGGAGUACAAACCGCGCGAAUCAUUGGACUUUUAUAGCCGUUGGUUGGAGGGGAAAAGAAUAUGAAAGAAUUUCAAUGGCAUUCAUUGGGAGGGGAAUGAAUCUCACAAAUUUCCCAGGCAUUGUUGUAUUGUGGAUACUUUUCGCGUACUUUUGUUAAAUAAAAGAAAAAUAAACAUA